AUGCGUCUCACGCCCCACCGCCGCUACUGUGUCACUGCUGUAGUCAGCGUGAGGGCAGCAGCAGCUGCAGCGGCGGCUGGAGGAGUGGGAGGGAGGGGGAUAGUGAUGAGGUUUGGAGGGGAGGUAGGAACGGAGGCCGUACCGGUGCUGGUGACAGUGCGAUGGGAUUUCGACGAAGGUUCUCAAUACAACCAAGCAUGCAGGGCAAUGGCGAGGGAGGGCGAGUGGGUGAGGCUGGAAGGGCACUUCACCGCUCCCCACCGCAUUCCACACAAAGUAACAGCCUACGUCGAGGGCCCUCCUCCUGCAUUCGACCUCCUUAUUAACCUCUUCGCUAUAGUCCCAGCAUCCGACCCACAGCCCACUUUCUCGCCACUCCCACCCACUCUCAACCCUCCUGCUACUGCUGCCCCCACUGCUGCAGCUGCUCCCACUCCUCACCCUGUUCCUUCUCACCCUGUUCCUUCUCAUCCUGUUCCUUCUCACCCUGUUCCUUCUCACCCUGUUCCUUCUCACCCUGUUCCUUCUCACCCUGUUCCUUCUCACCCUGUUCCUUCUCACCCUGUUCCUUCUCACCCUGUUCCUUCUCACCCUGUUCCUUCUCAUCCUGUUCCUUCUCAUCCUGUUCCUUCUCAUCCUGUUCCUAAGCAAUCAGCACCAGAAGCAGCAGCAACUGCUUCACCAUGCUCCACGCCCCCUCCUCUCCCAAUUCUUCCCCCUCCUCCCCCCCACCACUCCCCUCGCCCCAAUCUCCUCCUCAACGGCGAUUUCUCCCUCCGCACUGCCAGCUGGCGGCCCAUGGGUGGCUGCGAGGUGCUGACGUGGCACGCACCGUGCCAGUGGGGCUCUCUGAUUGGUCCUCUCGUGGAGCCCUCCUCCCUGCCCGCCUCUCAUCCGUGCACCGUAUUUGAAAGGCGACAGAUGCAGCUGCACGCACAGUGGCAGGAGCACCAGCAGCAGCACCAGCAGCAGCAGCAGCAAAAACUUCAGCAGCAACAACAGCAACAGAAAAAGCAGCAAGAGCAACACCCUUCUCCUGAGCAGCAUCAUCACGUGGCAUCAAGCCAUCCGGCUUUGCCGAUCCUCCAGCCCACCCCGUCGGUUCCUUUAGCAGGGGGACCCACUGGUGCCUAUCUGGAAGUGACAGGUAGGACUGCCACGUGGCAUGGGCCAGCUCAGGACAUCCCAGCAGCCAAUCACAGCCCUGAAAGCAGCACUGCCCGGGCUGAUGACAGCGCUGAUGAUGGGCCGAUUCGUCUGUUUGUGACGUAUGCUGUGAGCGCGUGGGUGCGCGUGGGGAGAGGCAGACAGCACAAAGAGCGCGGGCAGGGAGAACAGAAAUUUCUUUCCCUCUUUGCUAGAAAGGAAGAAAGAGGAGAGGAAGGAGGGGCAGAAGAAACGGAGGAGAAAGAGGCAGAAGGAACUGAGGGAAGGGUGGUAUCACACCAAGUGAAUAUAGCAUUAGGGGUGGAUGGGGGGUGGGUAAAUGCAGGGUCUGUGGAAGCUUCCGGGAAGGAGUGGGUGCGGUGCUGGGGGUCGUUUCGCCUGGAGAAGCCAUACAGGCAAGCUGUGCUGUACGUGCAGGGCCCGCCGCCAGGUGUCAGCAUCCUAUUGGCCGACGUGCGCGUGGUGCCUGUGGAGUGGCAGGAGAGGGUGCCGUGGCUGCGAGGGCAAGCAGACAGGCUCCGCAAGGGAUCGCUGCGUCUCCGCCUCCUCUCUGCUGCUGGCGAGCCAAUCCCGUGCGCCCACGUGUCAGCCAAUCAGACGCGCCGCGCCUUCCCCCUGGGCACCUGUGUGAACUCGAGAGACCUGCUGGGGAACCCACGCUACCAGUCCUUCUUCCUGCCGCAGAGAGAGGGAAGCAGAACGGGUGCACAAACCCUCUGCAGCGGACGUGCCUUGCAGCUUUCCCCCGAGGGAAAGGGAAGCAGGUCGAAUGGGGCGUGGUUCAGCUGGGGAGUGUGUGAGAACGAGCUCAAGUGGACGAGUGUGGAGGCGAGACGGGGCGAGGAGGACUGGAGAGACGCCGAUGCCAUGGUGGCAUGGAUGCAGGACCUCAAAGGUGACCCGCCUAUCCUUGCUCUCUGCAUCAAAGGCCCAUUCUCAUCUUCUCUUCCUCUCCUCCCCCCAUCCCACCCACCCUUCUGUAAGCAGAAGCUGUUGACAACAGAGUCAUGUCGUUCCUCACCCACUACCCCGCCUUUUUCUCCCACAUGGAUGUCGACAACGAGAUGCUUCACGGGGGAUUCUUCUCCUCUCCCUGUGCCAAGCUACUCUCCUCUCUCAUACCUCCCCUAUCCCACCCCUCCUCCCUACACAGAAGCCAUUGACAGCAGAAUCACGUCUCUCCUCACCCGCUAUCCCAACUGUUUCGCUCACAUGGAUGUCAACAACGAGAUGCUUCACGGGGGAUUCUUCUCCUCCCGCUGCGGCCCAUCCAUCGUCCCCCGCAUGUUCCAGUUCGCCGCCCAGAUCGCACCCUCCCUUGUCCUUUUCCUCAACGAGUACCACAUAGAGGACGGCGAAGACGAAAAGAGCCGCCCAGAAAAGUACGCGCAGUUCGCCCGCCAGCUCAUCGCCAGCGGGGCGCCAGUUGGCGGGCUCGGCACACAGUGCCACAUCAGCGCGCCAGUUGGCGCCCACAUGCGGCAUGCUUGGAGUAUCCUGGCAGAUGUAGGGUUACCAGUUUGGGUUACAGAGUUAGAUGUGAGCUCUAUAGUCGAAAAAGUGAGGGCGGAUGAUUUGGAGAUUUGUUUAAGAGAGGCGUUUGGGCAUGGGGGAGUAGAAGGGGUGGUGCUAUGGGGUUUUUGGGAAGGUUCCGGCCCGGAUCGACCGUCCAUGUCGAGGAAAAACGCACACUUGGUGCGUUCUGAUUGGUCGUUGACGGAGGCGGGGGAGAGGCUGGAAAGGUUGCUAGAGGAAUGGACGACAAGGGGUGUGGUGGGGAGGACGGAUGAGGAGGGGUGGUUUGUGGUUGAGGGGUUUGCAGGGGAGUACGAAGUGGUGGUGAGAGAUGGAGGGAAGGAGUGGAGGACGAUUGUGGAGUGCUUGUCGCCAGGCACCACCACCCGCCAUUCCGCGCAGUUUUUUUCCGCCUUCACCCCCCCGUCCCCUCCGCCACUCGGCGCGCCAUCCUUCCGCGCCACCUCGUCGCCGCCCACCCCGCCCGCCUCGCCCACCGCGCCUCCUCAUCGCCCCGGUCCGACCGCGCGGCUGCGCGCCGAGCUGCGCACACAACUGCAUGCGCGCGUAGCUGCGCGCGUGCCGCUCAGCGUCGUCGGGCGGAGGCUCCGACUCCCCGUCGUCCAUUCCUCCCCUCGCUCCCCGCCCCCCUCUCUUACGAUUAUUCCAGUGCUAGCAGGCUUCCCCACCGCCCCCAUCAACGAGCACCUCGGGAUCUCCUGGUACCUGCACCCCGCCCCUCCCCUUCCUCCCCUCCCUCAUUUCCCUCCACAAUCCCCCUCCUCCCCCUUUCCCCCCUCUUCUCCCUCAUCCCCCCUCUCCCCCAGAUCCCCCAUCAACUCGCACCUCAGGAGCGCCUUCCCCCACAACCCCACGCUCAUUCCUUCCCCUCCACUCUCCACCCUGUUGGCAGGCUUCCCCAUCUCCCCCAUCAACCCACACCUCGGGAUUUCCGCGUCGGGAUCGGUGCCGCCCGGUGCCGCCCUCCUGCUGUGUGAUGACGUGGCAGCGGAAGGAAGCUUCCUGCUGCUGCAUCUGCUGAAGUCGCACCUGCUGUCUCCGCCCCUGCAGGGGGGAGGGGCGGGGGCGAGACAGGGGGAGGGGCAGGGGGAAGGAGGGUGCGCAGGAGGCGGGGAGGGGUGUGUGAGGACAGUGUGUCUGAUUGCAUUGGCGCACCCUCCCGCUCAUUACAGUCACAUUGCAAGGCGAAUGGGCGUUCACUUCACGGACCUCUGCAGGCAGCAUCGCCUGGCCAUCAUUGACGGCCAAUCACAGGCCUACUCGUGGCAGCCUGAUGGCUUAGACCCACGUGUGUGUCUGCAGCAAGAAAAUCAAAAGGAGAUGCCGCAUCAGGACCAGCAGCAAAAGGAAAUGCCACUUCAGCAGCAGCAGCAGCAGCAGCAGCAGGCAGGAGUGUACCGUUUCUCUCCACCAGUCCCCUUUUCUCCUCCCCCUCACCCGCCCUCCCAGACACUCCCCAGCAAUGGUUACCCGCCUCACUCUGCGAAUGCCAGCCCCCUCCGCGCCCUCUACUCAUCCAUCUGCGCUGCUGUCAGUCCAAUUGGCUGCCCCCACUCCUCCCAACCAGCCCAUACCCCGUCUCACCCCUCUCAACCCCCUUCCCACCCUACUGAACCUCUUUCCCGAACUGCUCCGCCUGCCACAACUCAACCUGCUGCUGAUGAUGCUGCUGGUUCUGGUGCGGGAGCUGCCACGUCACCAUCACCAUCUGGGGCUGCUGACGUGGCACCCCCGGCUCGGUGCGGUGGCCAGCUAUGCAUUAUAAUUGAUGACGUGUCGCUGCUGGAGACGUGCGCGGGCGGCGAUUCUCGGCUGGUUAUGGACUUUCUCUCAGCGUGCCGUGGCCUGUGUACGAAGCACCAUAGUGCCUCCCUCGUGCUUCUCACCCAUUCAGCCGUCCAUCCAACCACCUUCACCUUCACUGCACCCCCACCACCACCACUCGCCACCCGUUCCUCCUCCUCUUCCUCUUCCCCCAUCUCCUCACCCCCGCUCCUGCCCUGGCUACUCCAUCUCUCUGACGUGCUCGUGCUGCUGAGACCGCUUACAUCAGGCCAUGCCUCCGAUGUUCACGGGCAGGCAGACAUCGUGCAUCUCACACCCACUCUGCUGCACGGCCCGUCACACGGGAAUGACUCACACCACCCUCCCUGCCAGCAGCAGCACCUGGUCCACGUCUGCAACUCGUCCCGCACCCCUUGCUUUCGUCCUCCCUCCCCAUUCACCCUUCUCCCCCUCCUCCCUGCUAAGCUAACCUCCCAUCCGCCAUAUCCCGUGUUCCUUCCCCAUUCCCCUCCGCUGCCGGCUUACAUCACACGGGGUGAUAUUCAUCCUUUCCGCUCCAUACCUCUCCCCUCCUCCCUUCUCCACCCUUCUCCCCCUCCUCUCCAUCCCGGCCUCACUCGCUUCCUCGUUCCCCCUCCGCCACAGACAGCACCACCCGUCACAAUGGGGCGGCUAACAGGGGGAGGGCGAUACGUGAAGGGGGUGACGCUCGGGAAGGGGACGUUCGGAGUCGUGUUCAAGGCAUACGACACACAUACGGGCAAGACAGUGGCGAUAAAGAAGAUUCAUCUGGGCGACUGCAAGGAGGGAGUGAACGUGACGGCUCUGAGGGAGAUCAAGCUGCUCCAGGAGCUGCACCACCCACACAUCAUUGAUCUCAUCGACAUCUACCCUCACAAGAGGAAUUUGAACUUGGUGCUCGAGUUCAUGGAGACAGACUUAGAGAACAUCAUCAAGGAUCGUUCGCUGCACCUGUCACCAGCUGACAUCAAGGCGUUCAUGCGCAUGACCCUAGAGGGCCUAGCAUACUGCCAUGGCAAAUGGGUGCUGCACAGGGACAUGAAGCCCAACAAUCUCCUCAUCGGCCCAACAGGGGAGCUCAAGAUUGCUGAUUUCGGCUUUGCUCGCCUCUUCGGCAGCCCUGACCGCAAGCUUACCCACCAGGUGUUUGCGCUGUGGUAUCGGGCCCCUGAGCUGCUGUUCGGCAGCAAGGCGUAUGGCUCUGGCGUGGACGUGUGGGGCGCUGGCUGCGUGUUUGCAGAGCUGCUUCUGCGACGGCCCUUCUUACAGGGAUCGAGUGACAUCGACCAAUUGGGGAAGAUUUUCGCUGCCCUGGGCACGCCGCGGGAGGACCAAUGGCCGGACAUGCAGUGCCUGCCCGAUUACGUGCAUUUCAACUUCUGCCCGGCGCCGCCCCUCAAGUCGCACUUCCCCAUGGCUGGAGAUGAUGCCCUCGACCUGCUCUCCCGCAUGCUCACGUUCGACCCCAACAAGCGAAUCACAGCUGUGCAGGCCUUACAGCAUCGCUACUUCCUGCUCGGCCCACCAGCCACCAAGCCCAAGGACCUGCCGCGCCCGCCUCCAAAGCCCUCUGGCAGCGAUUUCCCUCCCGGCUCCAUCCCUGUCGGCCUGGCGCCUCUCGCCCCAGAUGCAGCUGCUGCUCUUGAUGCUGCUAACGGUGCUACUGCUGGCGGUGACACGAGACGGGACGGGACGGCUGGUGGGGCAGGAGCAGCAGCAGGUGUUGCUAAUACAGGGCGGAGGCAUCUCCCGCCUUCAGUAGAGUCACCUCACUACCCCCGCAACCUCUCACCGGCCACUAAGGCAGUUCGAAUAUCACUCCAACCUGGGAUAGAAGAUUUCGAGGGGGGUGAGGGGAGAGGAAAGGCUGGGGAGAUUGUUGGGGAGGGCAGGGAUGGGAGAGGAGCUGUGGAGGGGGGCGGUGCGGAAGGGGAGACGCCGAGUGAGGUGACGAUGGUUACUGCGGUUACCGGGGGAGGGGAUGGAGGGCCGAUGUCGGUUGAUACGGUGAUGUUUCCUCCAGGGUCGGUUCUGCCACCCAGACCAAAACUGAACAGGUAA